AGGGUCACGUGUGUAUACACUGUAGCGCUCAGCACCACUCGUCCCAGUAAGUAGUAGGCUAUAUGCCGUCCCGUAUCGAAAACAAGCCCCAGCCGAUGGGCAAAGCGGACCGAGGAAAGCGCUUCAAACUAAACAUGUAGCGCUGUAGUUUCCCUUUCUGGUCGCUUGUAAGAAUAAAGAUAGUUUCUCGACUGUUAUUGAAAUGCUGCAACGGAGUUUUACCAAUGGAAACGCUACAUCUAACCCAAUGCCGCCGUAGAUCUGUUGGCAUUACGAUCUAAAUAUCUGAGUGUGACACCUAGUCUACCAUCCCCUCCAGCCCCCUCCCCCCCCCCCCACGACGCUGGCCUUCCGCGGACCCUCUCAGCGAUGUGGAGCUGCAUGGCCCACAAUGAGUCAGACGCCAGCGACGCGGACCACCAGCUCUGCCAGGACCUGGGCCUCAUCCUGUCGGCGUUCUCCGUCCUCUACCUCGCCGUGGGCUUCCCCGUGGGUCUGUGCUACAACGCCCUGCUGGUGGCCGUCAACCUGUCCAACAAGGCGUCCAUGACCAUGCCCGACGUGUACUUUGUCAACAUGGCCAUCGCCGGCCUGGUGCUCAACCUGGUGGCGCCCGUUGAGCUCCUGGGGCCGCACUUCACCCGCUGGCCCGCCUGGGAGUACAACAACGAGGUGUACAUCACCCUGCUCAUCCUGUUCAACGUCUCCUCCCUGGUGGUCAUGUACUCCACCACGCUGCUCAGCCUGGACUACUACAUCGAGCGGGCGCUGCCGCGCACCUACAUGUCCAGCGUGUACAACACCAAGCACGUGUGCGGCUUCAUCUGGGGCGGCGCCGUGCUCACCAGCUUCUCCUCGCUGCUCUUCUACGUGUGCAACCACGUGUCCACCAAGAUCAUCGAGUGCUCCAAGAUGCAGAACAAGGAGGCGGCCGACGCCAUCAUGAUCUUCAUCGGCUACGCCGUGCCGGCGGCGGCCGUGCUGUACGCCUUCGCGCUCAUCCUGCGCAUCCGCAAGGAGUCCACGCCGCUGGACCAGGACUCGGCGCGCCUGGACCCGUCCAUCCACCGGCUGCUGCUGGCGUCGGUGUGCGUGCAGUUCGCCCUGUGGACGCCCUACUACAUGACGCUGCUGGUGCACACCGUGGUGGGCGCGCCGGGCAACCACAGUGGCGGCGGCGGCGGCGGCAGCGGCGGCGGCGGUAGUAGAAGGCCGGGCCUCACCGUGUACUACUUCCUGCGGUGCUUGGCCGAGCUGAUGGCGUUCUCCAGCAGCUUCGCCAUGCCGCUCAUGUACCGGCAGAUGAACAAGAACUUCUCGCACAAGCUGCAGCGGCUGCUCGUGCGGCUGCACUGCGGCCGCGAGCGCGCCUGCCCCCACGAACGCUCCGCCGUGCAGCAGGUGGUCACGUGAGUCUCCCCGCUCCGAGACCGGUCCGAUCCCACCAA